AUGUCUGAUAUCCACGAGGAUGUCGGACAUACCAUGGUGCAUUUUUUAUACACAGGUGGCUACGAGACAGUCAACUCGCCUCUUGACGAAGGCACAUCCGAUAUCUCCAGAGAAUACAAGAAGAGUGUUCUCGUCUACCACGCCUCAAGGACGUACGGCCUCCCUGAGCUUGAAACCAUUGCCAAACAAAAAAUGAAGCAAUUAGAUGAGGAGAUUCCUAUUCUUGAAGUGCUGCAGGUAACGAGGGACGUUUUUUCAAGUCUUCCCGCUGGUGAAACAUGGCUUCCAAGUUAUAUUGGGGAGAACUUGCAACGACUACUAGAGCCUGAAGAUCCAGCGCUUGGGCUGCGCGAAUUUUAUAAUAUUCUCGGUCGAGACCACCAGUUUGAUAUUGUCGUGAUGAAAAUGAUCCUCGAGAUACUCUCAAUUCGUUUGUUUUCCAUGCAAGACCAGCGCGGGAAAAACCUGAACGGAACUGACCCAGCUUAUUCUCUUCCUGAAGAACCUGAGCCUGUUCCUGAAGAGCCUGGGCUUGUUCUUGAAGAGCCUUUCCCCGAACCUGAGCCUGUUCUUGAAGAGCCUUUCCCCGAACCUGAGCCUGUUCCUGAAGAGCCUUUCCCCGAACCUGAGCCUGUUCCCGAAGAGCCUUUCCCCGAACCUGAGCCUAUUCUUGAAGAGCCUUUCCCCGAAUCUGAGUCUGUUCUUGAAGAGCCUUUCCCCGAAUCUGAGCCUGUUCUUGAAGAGCCUUUCCCCGAAUUUGAGCCUUUCCCCGAGCCUGAGCCUGUUCCCGAAGAGCCCCCUGCUGAAGGGGAAUUCGAGCAGUGGACCAUUCCCCAAGCGUCCACUAAUACUGAAGGCUGGCCUAGCGCUUCUUUAUCUCCUAGCGAGACCCCCAAUCACGAAAUACUACCCAAGGCUCCUGAUCAAACACAAGCCCAAGGUCACAUAGCGAGAAUUUCAUGCGCAGACUUAAUGCUGUAUGAGAAUUGGGAAGACCUGUCCUCGAAAACAAAAAGGAAAAGGGCUAUUAAGCUUGCGUCAAGGGGUCUUCCUAUUCCAAGCGAAGGUGGUUUUAUUUCAAUAGCUGCAAUUUGA